GUUCAGAUGCUGUUAGACCUUCCACGUGACGGUGAUCGAGUGGAAGUGAUCACAUCGUCUAAAACAUCCGAUGAAAUACAAAGAAUGCUCGGAUACCCCGAAUCGUCUAGUACUAGCACGAUCCAAGUUUCCCCAUUGCGACAGAUGGCAGGCAUCUUAAUCGAUCUGAUAGUGAUGAUAAAGAUGAAGUCAGGAGGUUCGCGGACGGUGAACAUGCAGAUCGAAUGCCCAAACUUCAAACCGAAACGAAUACGAAUCGAUGGAAGCUGGCAUUCGAUUGUCUAG